AUUGACGGCUUCCUCGAAGUUCGUAGGGGGACGGUUGGAGUGAAGCCAUUUUUCGCCCUCUUCGAGUUGAACUCUGAUAUCCAUUCUCACGACAAAUUGGUUGUCAAUGAGAAAAUUCAAGAAUUGGAGGAACUGGCAGCUGAUAUGAUAAUUCUUAACAACGAUAUGGUUUCUUAUAUCAAAGAAAGGGAUGACGGACAUCAUGCCCAUAAUCUUGUGACCAACGUCAUGUACGAAAUGAAUGUCGAUAUUCAUGGUGCGAUGUGUUGGAUCGAGCAGCGGAAUGACCAUAUUAUUCAGCAAUUCCUUACAACGAAGAAGGAGAUCCUUGACUUGGACAAGGAAUUAGAUUGGUAUAUCUGGGGCAUUGGCAAUCUGGUUAGAGGCACCAUUUCCUGGUUUUACGAGAGCGAGCGUUACUUCGGGAAGCGGGGAUUAGAGAUUCAACAAGAUCGUUGGAUAGACCUGUACUUCCGCAAGGAGUAACAUUAUUAACAUAACUUUAAUGAUUCCUUGUAUUUUACCAUAUCAAUUAGAUAGGGCCCGAGGACCCUCCAUGCUUAUCCCAUAUC